AUGUCGCCGCUGCGCUCUGCUGCUCUGUCGAGUCGAUGGUGCCUGCUGCCUCAAGCUUCCAAAGAGCGGCACCGAUCCAGAGGUAAGGUGUUCCAUUCGCCAUGCCGAGGAGAAGUGAGGCCAGUUUUGGUUCCAGACCGGGCUGAAAUGAACGCACAUUCUCAUUCACAUCCGGAUUGGAAACGGGCCGCAGCAAUCCACCCGGAACAGGCCAAUCCGGUAGAAACAAAUGAGGCCUUAGGUUUCCAUUUCGUGCCGAUUUCCCCUUUCUCGCAGUCCUACCUCGACAAGACCAAGCUCUACGUGGUGGGCGCAGGCAUGUUCAGCGGCGUCACCGUGGCGCUGUACCCUGUCUCGGUGGUCAAGACCCGGAUGCAGGUUGCCUCUGGGGACGCCAUGAGGAGGAAUGCGCUGGCUACCUUCAAGAACAUCCUCAAGAUGGAUGGCGUGCCAGGGCUGUACCGGGGGUUUGCUACCGUUAUCAUUGGGGCUGUACCAACUAGGAUCAUCUUCCUCACGGCGCUUGAGACAACCAAAGCAGCCUCGCUAAAGCUUGUUGAGCCCUUCAAGCUGUCAGAGCCGGUGCAGGCCGCCUUUGCCAAUGGCCUUGCUGGUCUGUCAGCGUCUACAUGUUCGCAGGCUAUUUUUGUUCCAAUUGAUGUGAUUAGCCAGAAAUUGAUGGUUCAAGGAUAUUCCGGUCAUGCCAGAUACAAAGGUGGAAUAGAUGUUGCUCGAAAGGUCAUAAAGGCUGAUGGCAUUAGGGGGCUGUACAGAGGAUUUGGACUGUCUGUUAUGACCUACGCACCAUCCAGUGCUGUGUGGUGGGCGAGUUAUGGUUCCAGCCAGCGCAUAAUUUGGAGUGCUCUUGGCCGUUUGCAUGACAAAGAAGAGGCUCCUAGCCAAUUGAAACUAGUUGGUGUUCAAGCAUCAGGGGGGUUUUUGCCGGUUAUGGAUAAUGAAAAUAAGCCAAAAGCCGGGGAAGUUGUUAAAAGAUUGAUUGCUGAAGAUGGAUGGAAAGAGCGCUUGUGUGUUAAAGUUGAAGAGGUCUGA